AUGGUGAUACACGUUGCAGUGGUGAAGAUUUAUGUGGUUGGUGGUGUGAUGGUGACGGGAAUGGUGGUGGAGGAUUUGAUUGAAGUUGUGGAGACUAAGCAACGACUGAAUGAGAGGUUAGAUGAGUGGCGAGUUGCUUUAGAAGGCAAAGGUUUAAGAAUUAGUCGUUCAAAGACCGAGUACCUCCACUGUGAUUUCAGUGGAGCAGUCGACCGUGAAGAUACUCAAAUCUCCAUUUGUGGUCAAGCAGUGCCACGGGUUACAAGGUUUAAAUAUUUUGGAUCAUUUGUACAAAAGGAUGGGGAGAUAGAUAGUGACGUUCCCCAUCGUAUCCAAGCUGGCUGGUGUAGGUGGUGA